AUGGUGUUGAUAGUGUUGGUAAAUUGGAAAAGUAUCACAUCCCGAUAUGAGCUCUCGUUUAAGGUGUUGAACAGGAACUCUGUCCCACUGUGGUCUGAGAUCAUUUAUCCAUCUGACAGAUUGUAUAAGACCUCUUCGGAAAGGUCAGAGAAAAAAUCUCAACAUACAUACGCAAAAUUUAGACAAAUAGCUCCAGCUCCAACAGGAAAACCUGAAUAUGACAUUUAUCAUAUUCCAAAAGGCUAUGAAGUUUUAUUAGUACCAAAGAAUAAUGAUAUUUCAAAUAAUUCAAAUGUUUCAACUUUAGAUAACAAAAGUUCAUCUCCAAGUUCUUGGAGAAAGAGAAAAAAUAAUGGACAUAUUCCACGUCCUAAAAAUUGUUUUAUGGCAUAUCGUGAACAAAUGCAACAUAACAUUUUAGCUGAAAAUCCUGGAAUGAAUAAUAAAUUGGUUUCAGUUAUCGCUGCUAAAAUGUGGAAUAGUGAAUCCGAAGAUGUUAAACAAUACUGGAAAGAACACGCUCAACAAUUGAAAAUUGAACAUAUGAACAAAUACCCUGAUUAUAAAUUUGCCCCUAAAAAGAAAGCACAAAAAAACUUGAACGCUUUAAACUCUUCUCUUGGUAUAAAAGCUCCUAAAAAUAUUCAAAAGAAAUAUCCAUCUCAAUCUCAAAUUUUUUCAAAUGAAAUUUCAAGAAGAAACGUUGAAAAUUAUUUAAUUGAUCAUUCUCAUACUGAAAAUACCUCAGCUUAUUGGACUGGUCAUUUCAGAUCAAGUUCUGUUGAAUCUGCUAGUAGUUGGACAAGUAAUGAUUCCAUUCCAAAUACUCCUCCUACUUUUUGCGAUCGUUCUUCUCUUCGUUAUGAGUCAAAUGAUUGGGAUAGAAUGUAUGAUGAUUUUUCUUUGAAUAUCGAUCCUAAUUCACAUUUAACUGCUGUUUCAAGUGCUGCUGCUGGAUUUUAUGAAACUUUGUUGCCUUCUGAUUAUAAUAACUCGAUUCAAGUCGAUAGUUCAGAAAGUUCUUAUUAUAUUACUGAAGAAGAAGAUAAUUAUGAAGAUUAUCUCCAACAAGAUACCAAUCAACUUUUGAAUACUCUUGUUUUGACCUCUCAGACAUACUAA